CCAUCGCUACCUGCAGCUCAGCCUGACACUGACGAGAGGAGAGGACGCAGCGAGUUGCAAGUGUGGACGCUGGCCGGAUGGUUAAAUCCAACCUACAGACGAUUUUGAAUAGUCAUUGUUUUGUUAGAGAAAAAGAGAGAAACUUAACCGAGAUGCCUGUUAUCGAGAAAUCCAGUAAUAAACCCGAGAGUGAGAGCAUUUCCAGUCCCAGGAGGUGCUCCCGCUGUUGCAGUAACCCGUGUCCGGGGCCUCUGUGGUGUUCCGAUGCCCCUCUCCCACCCCUGAAGAUCCCAGGUGGGCGAGGGAAUGACCAGCGGGAUCACAAUCUUUCAGCUAAGCUAUUCUAUUCUGAUUCUCAGUUGCUGGUUCUUGAGGAGCCGCCUCCUGCUAAUGGCAGAGUGCGCUUUCUGCUCUUUGAGCCCCGCUGCUCUGAAUACAAACAUUGUGUGUGGAGGGCGGCGCUGAAAGGGAGGAACCUUUAUGUUGAAAUUCCCCCUGGAACUUUGCCUGAGGGCAGCAAAGACAGUUUUGCUCUUCUCUUGGAACAUGCUGAAGAGCAGCUGCAGGUUGAUCACGUCUUCAUCUGUUUUCACAAGAAUCGUGACGAUAGAGCGUCCCUGCUGCGUACGUUCAGUUUCCUGGGCUUUGAGAUUGUGAGACCGGGUCAUCCCCUUAUUCCCUCCCGCCCCGAUGCUUUCUUCAUGGCUUACAGCAUUGAGCGAGACUCCUCUGAUGAUGAUUAAAUGACGCAGAGCAGUUACAAAUGUCCUUUUUAUCCAUCCUCAAAUCUCUAUAAUUUCUUGGAAAUUAAUGCAUUAUCAAAGUUCAGUGUGUACGAAGUUUCCCAUCAGAGGUUCCUUUGUGUUUGUUACCUUUACCUACCAUGUGCUGUGUUUUAAUUAUAUUUGCACUAGGGUAAGAUGUUGAUAUACCGGGAAUGUAAAGCAAGUGCCCACACAUAACCUGGGCAGUGUUAUCCACAGUUACUCUCCAUGUGUAGUGCUGACUACCUAUAAAUCCCCUAAUCCAGUCAUCUUCACGUUGUAAUAUUUAUAACAUUGAAUUGAUUUGAUCUUACUCAUGUAAGUAGGUAUGUUUUCAUAGUAAUGAUCAUUUGAUUCUCCUGUUUAUAUAGAUUUUUUUUUUUUUAAAUGUGUGCAUGAAAUUCAUUUUGUUUCCUUAAUUCACUUGAUAGAAAUCUGCAUGUUGUAACUGUACUGAAUAAAAGUGCUUAUCUGAGA